AUGGCUUCCUGCGGCCUGAUUUCCGCGUCCCUUCGCGUCGCUCCGUCCCUUGCUCCCGCGACUGGUCUCUCCUCGGCUUCACGACCCCCUGUCAAGAGCCAAUCAGUAUGCGCGAGCAAGUCCGUGAUCCGCGUUCGCAAUAGCCUGAACGAGGAAUCUUCUGAUAUUUCAAGGGGUCCCUCGACUGUUGUUGCCAAGAUGGCGGUCCCCGCGUGUUCCGCCGUGCUUGCCGCUCUCCUCGCCAUGCCUCUCUCCCCAGCGGCCGCGUCGGCAGCGGGAAUCAACGCCGUCGCCGUACUGACGGGGAGCUCCGGGGUUUCCGGGACUGUCACAUUCUCGCAGGAAGGAUCAGGCCCCACGGAAGUGAGCGCCUCCGUGGCAGGCCUGACACCAGGCUUGCACGGCUUCCACGUGCACAAGCUGGGGGACCUGUCCAACGGCUGCAUGUCCACUGGUCCGCACUUCAAUCCGGCGGGCAAGACUCAUGGAGCACCAGGGGAUGCAGAGCGGCAUGCAGGCGACCUUGGAAACCUGGUGGCGAAUGAGUCAGGUGUGGCGACUGUGUCUCUGACUGACCUCCAGAUUCCUCUGUCGGGCCCCAACUCUGUUCUUGGCCGCGCUGUUGUCGUGCACGCUGAUGCGGACGACCUGGGCAGGGGUGGUGUUGAGCUGAGCAAGGCCACGGGCAAUGCUGGCGGCAGGGUGGCAUGUGGUGUGAUCGGGCUGUCCGCAAACUAG